AACUAAAUUCACUUCCGCUGGCAACCAAAAGCAGUCAGACGUGAGGAUGUCAAAGAAAAUUGAAUGUGGAGAGAAGAGACGAUUCAGAAACAGGAAAGGAACCGUUUGACAAUACCCUAUUUAUAAAACAAAGAUAAUUUAAGAGUUCGUGGGAAGAAUUUAAAUAGACAUUUCUAAAAUAACACAUUUUUAGCCAAAUCUCCUGUUUUGUGGGUAAAAACGAAAGAGAUGGGGACAAGAGCUAGUCGUUUACAAGAGGACCCAGUGUCUUCGGCUUUCGUCAAAGAUGGCAUAAAGCGCGAUUCCUAUCGACGACCCCGCUGCAAUAGGCCCGCCAGUCUUAAGAUAGACUUUUCGGGGAGUUUUGACGAUUCGGAGACCAACCGUAGCCGAUCGGAGGAGGGCAGCGAUUCGGACAUAGGGCAACAGGCGAGCGCCGUUGGAAGCCCCGCCGACCACAACAGCCACCCAUCCAUCAGCCAGUCAUCACCAGCGGAAGACAACAGCGAAUGCAAGCACGAGGAAGACGGUAAUAGCAGUCCCGAGGGUGCUGUCAACGGGGAACAUCUGCCUGGAGAGGAGACAGGCCGCGUGUCUCACCGCACUUUCUCUGAACGUUUACCCGGUAAUCGACACUCUAACGGGCGCAACGUCAGAAUGAGAAGCAUCAAUCAACGCCCGGUGUCGGAGGCUUGGAUUGGCCUGUACCGUGUCAACAACCGACAUGAUAUCCGCUGUCCAUUCUGCUCCAAGUCUUUCUCGGGGGGAAAGAUUGAGAAUCACCUGUUGAGCUGCCUCACAUCUCCACCUCUCCCUUACAACACGGACGUGCUCAGUAAGGACAGCGGUGAGUGUUCCAUCUGUCUGGAGGAACUGCAGCAGGGAGAGACCAUUGCCCGGCUGGCCUGCCUAUGUGUCUACCACAAGAGCUGUAUUGACUCCUGGUCCAAGGUGAAGCCAUGCUGUCCCGAACACCCUAUUGAUUGACUCAUGGGUCACAUGUCCUGCUCAGGGACACACCUGACUCAGGAGACUGCAAUGUUUCUAUAAUUGCAGCAAAUAUAUUACAGCAAAGAAAAAUACCAGAGGCAAGCCUCCUAAUUUUACUGAUCCAGACACAGCCCCAAAAGGAUGUGACCGCAGACCACUUUUUUCUCUUCGACCUGGUUCAGUCCAUUUGAGCUGGUUCGGUCUGUUUGAGCUCAACUCAGACCACUUUAACUACCGCUGGAAUAGACAGCCACCUCUCCUCUGUGAACAUAGCCCAAACUAUAAACUGCUGCACUCCAGAAAAACGGUAAAUCGAUAUAUUAUCAUACCAGGUUGACAGUCCCGUGAAAGUCCUUUUUAACUCAAGGAGGAGAGAAAAUGUGUGUUUCUGUUGUCCCAUGCAUUCCUCUUCCCCUAAUGUGGACUUUUCCAUAUGGGAUAGGUCAUUUGUCUUUUAUGAUGCAGCAAAACAAUAUUGGGUAGAGAUUCACGUUCCAGUGAAUAAAUGUUUCUGCCCAUAAAAAAAAAAACAUCCCAGCUCUGAAAAUGUUAACUGUUCAUGCUUAAAUAUUGCAAUGCAUUGUUUUUUAUAGCCCGAUGUUGGAAAGCAGGGCUUUAUUUUGUGGAUGGGUUUGCUGUAGUAGUGACUGUAGGUGGUUUUCUAUUGUCACCAUGAUACAUUUCAGGAGAAGGAUGGUGGGUGUGAGUUGAUUGUGGAGUUAAAAGCGGAUGAUGCCAGUUUGUGUGGUUGGUUGGUGCUGAACCCACUGUGUUCGCGCCUUUUACCGCAGCUACAGUAGGUUGUUGGCAUUUCCCAGGCCAUAGUACUGGUGUCAUGCCCAUACUAAGCACUUUUUACCCCAAGGCAGAACUUUCUUCUCAGAUAAGGUGUGCUUGAUUGAACCACAGUUGCUAAUUUAGUAACACCAGUAGUGUGUGUGUGUGUGUAUAUAUAUAUAUGUGUGAUAGCGGUGUGGACGAAUGGGGACAGUCAAUGUCCUGGAUGACAGCGCCCGACUCUGGACAGCAGAGGCGAACUGCAGACUUCUCACUGGUUGUGUAAAUGAGAGGUGUGUGUGUUCUUUGUGCCCUUAUACCCUCUGGGUGAGAUUGUUUUAACCCUAGCGUUGUUACAUGUCAUUUCAGCAAGCCAUGACACCCACCAUCUCAGAUUGUUCUGAAAUCAUUUCUGUAGUUAGAAACAGAUAAGAGUUCCUGAAUACUUUCCUGAGACUACUUGUCUGUCACAGAGGACUGAUACUACAGUGCCCUCGGAAAGUAUUCAGACCCCUUGACUUGUUCCACAUUUUGUUUCGUUACAGCCUUAUUCUAAAAUGGAUUACAUUUAAAACAUCAUUAGAAUUCUACACACAAUACCCCUUAAUGAAAAAGCUUAAAAAUUAAAAAAAAUUGCGAAAGAAAAUUUGUCAACAGAUAACUUACGUAUUCAGACCCUUUGCUAUAAGACUUGAAAUUGAGCUCGGGUGCAUCCUGUUUCCAUUGAUCAUCAUUGAUGUUUCUACUACUUAAUUGAAUUUACCACAGGUGGAUUCCAAUCAAUUGGACAUGAUUUGGAAAAGCGCACACCUGUCUAUAUAAGGUUCCACAGUUGACAGUGCAUGUCAGAGCAAAAACCAAGCCAUGAUGUCAAAGGAAUUGUCCGAAGAGUUCCAAGACAGGAUUGUGUCGAGGCACAGAUCUGGGGAAGGGUACCAAAAAAUGUCUGCAGCAUUGAAGGUCCCCAAGAACACAGUGGCCUCCAUCAUUUUUAAAUGGAAGACGUUUGGAAUUAUCAAGACUCUUCCUAGAGCUUGCUGCCUGGCCAAACUGAGCAAUUGGGGAGAAGGGCCUUGGUCAGGGAGGUGACCAAGAACCCGAUGGUCACUCUGACAGAGCUCCAGAGUUUUUCUGUGGAGAUGAAAGAACCUUCCAGAAGGACAACCAUCUCUGCAGCACUCCACCAAUCAAGCCUUUAUGGUAGAGUGGACAGAUGUAUGCAUCUCCUUAGUAAAAGGUACAUGACAGCCAGCUUGGAGUUUGCCAAAAGGCACCUAAAGACUCUGACCAUGAAAAACAAGAUUGAACUCUUUGACCUGAAUGCCAAGCGUCACAUCUGGAGGAAACCUGGCACCAUUCCUACGUUGAAGCAUGAUGGUGGCAGGAUCAUGCUGUGGGGAUGUCUUUCAGCAGCAGGGACUGGGAGACUAGUCAGGAUCAAGGCAAAGAUGAAUGGAGCUAAGUACAUUAGAGAUCCUUGUUGAAAACCUGCUUCAGAGUGCUCAGGACCUCUGACUGGGGAUAAGGUUCACCUUCCAACAGGACAACGACCCUAAGCACAUAGCCAAGACAAUACAGGAGUUGCUUCCGGACAAGUCUCUGAAUAUCCUUGAGUGGCCCAGCCAGAGCCUGGACUUGAACCCGAUCGAACAUCUCUGGAGAGAUCUGAAAAUAGCUGUGCAGCAACGCUUCCCAUCUAACCUGACAGAGCUUGAGAGGAUCUGCAGAGAAGAAUGAGAGAAGCUUCCCAAAUACAGGUGUGCCAAGCUUGUAGUGUCAUACCCAAGAAGACUCGAGGCUGUAAUCACUGCUAAAGGUGCUUCAACAAAGUAUUGAGUAAAUGGUCUGAAUACUUGUGUAAGUGGAAUAUUUCAGUUGUUUUUAAAAAAUAAAUUAACAAAUGUCAACCACAAAAAAUGUUUGCAUUGUCAUUAUGGAGUAUUGUGUGUAGAUUGAGGGGGAAAAAUGUUCAUCAAUUUUAGAAUAAGGCUGUAACCUAACAAAAUGCGGGAAAAGUCAAGCGGUCUGAAUACUUUCCAAAGGCACUGUAUAUACUUGUUGGGACUGGUGGGGGGUCAGUGCCUGGCUUUUGACCAUUCCUUUGGAUUCCUCAUGUCUAUCUCAUUGUUUGAAGAAAGUGUGGCCCAAUUCAGAUGUUAGGUACUAUAUUGAAUAAAUAUUAUAAGAAUCCUAUAAAUGAAAAUGCCCAAUUUGGUGCAAUCAUUUAGCUUUCAAAAAUAUAAUGUUGCACGAAUGCUUAUCUUAUGUUUCUAACAGAAAUUAUUUCAGAACAAUCUAUGAUGGUUGACGUCUACCCUCUUUCCUCUGCUUUAGGAACAAAGUAGCACUGUGGUCGUUCCAGCAGCACUAUGGUCGGGUGGAACGACCAUAGCGCUACUUUGUUCCUAAAGCAGUGUGAUUAAAAACAUACUGCUACGAUGACUUGGCCCUCCUCUCAGUGAGACCAACCCGUCCUGUCGUGCUGAAGGCAUGUGGUGAUGUGUGGGUCAUCGUCCCCCUGCCUCUCUCGCUCUGUCUAGGGUGUAGUCCGGAAUGUUGGACCAGGCCCUGUGCACUUGUCUGGCCAUCUGGCUGCAUUCAUGUCAAUGUGAGGGAUGAUGUAUUUUAGGGCAUGAUUACGCCAUGAGGCAUCUGCCUCGCCUAUCCCAUGCUUCCCAUCGCUGGAGGCAAUGAACAGCUGAUGGGGGGAUUUGUUGUAUUAAGCCACCACCCUUCCCCAUAAGAGGAUUUUUAGACAUUGUAUUAUUACCAUAUGUGUUAAACAAGCUACCAUUGGCUGCCUUUGCCUGGUGAGAGGUUUGUGUCUGUCCAGGCUCCUAUGGUGUAGUCUAGUCUGGGGAUCAGCGGUGACGCUACAGUGAGUUUAUCAAAGUGUGGUGAGACUGCUGUAGACCAGCAUGAGGAUCAGUCCUGUUCAGCAUUCCUAUUGGAUGAUCUCCCAGAGUUCUUGCACCACAUCCUGCACUCUGAGGUGCUACGACCUGUCGUGCCCUGGCAGCCCUGUGCAUGUUACUCUUUCCACUUCAAAAAAGAAACUAUUUCGCCAAAAGAAUGUAUGUCUGUGUAACUGAAACAGUGGGAGGGGAUGUGUGUGAAAAAGAGGAAUUGAUCAUUAGACCUAAAUGUACUUUUUUUGUGUGUGUGGUGAAUAUGAUGAAUAAUUAUGUUGUUGUGUACAUUGAGGGAGGGGGGGGGGGGGGGGGUGAAAGGGUUGUCAGUAAAAAUCUGGACAAUCUGAACCCCAAAAUGUUACUUUACUACUCUCCCUUUUUAACUGUGUGGCGCAAUACCUCAAUUUUUACAAAUGCUAUUUCUUGGCAGCAUAGCUAUUCUCCAAGGAUGAUAUUUUCUAUGUAUUGUAUUCUUGGCGUUUAAUCACAGGGUUCUGUUCCUCCUAGACGCUGAGCUUUGUGACGGUUAUGCUGAUAUAUUCAAUGAGAAUGUUUAAGGUCACCACAGCGAUAUCUGCAUCCCAAGAUAUGGACAAUCUGCCUUCUCUUUGGUAUAAUAGAACAAUUAUGUGUAUUUAUUAAAGUGUAAAUAUGUAUUGCAAUUCAAACUGGCUUGGUCUUUGUCUGUUCAUUUUACUGUUUCUAAGCUCCAAUCUUUUGUAUGUCUCAAAGUUGGUUUUAUAUGUAUUUUUUACAAUAAAUAUACUUUUGAGCCCUGUUUUGUCAAUGUCCUUGUUUAGGCGUUUGAGCACUGUUAAUAACUGUUUCAUGGCAUGUUUGUUAAUGGUCUUUGCCAAAUAGGCAAUGCUGAUUGCUGUGACAGAUUCACAGUUAUCUACUGUAAAUGACUAGUAUACAUGGCAUAUCUUUAAAAAAAAAAAAAAAAAAAUACCAUGGGAAAUGUUAUAUUCCUUCCUGCAUUCAUUGGAUUUAAAAAAUAUGGUACUGGUUACUGGUUACUUACCUUUUAAAGACAUCUUCUGGUGAUUAAAAAAUAAAUAAACCUUUCUUGGUGAAUUGAUAUCGCAAGUAUAAAACAGUAAAGCACACACAAAAAGGGUAAAACAAUGUUUUGAGCAAAAUGUUUUCUUGCACACAUUGCACCGACUGUGGCUCUCCUUUACAAGUAUUUUUGAAUGAUUACCUCAUCUCUAUACCCCACACAUACAAUUAUCUGUCUUGUUCCUCAGUCGAGUAUUUCAAACACAGAUUCAACCUCAAAGACCAGGGAGGUUUUCCAAAUCCUCGCAAAGAAGGGCACCUAUUGGUAGAUGAGUUUUUUUUAAAGCAUCAAAACACCCAGUCACUACAAAGAUACAGGUGUCCUUCCUAACUAGCCAUGAUCAACAACCAAUUUGACAGAGUUUGAAGAAUUUUAAAAGAAUAAUAGGCAAAUGUUCCACAAUCCAGGUGUGGAAUGCUCUGUCACCAGAAAGACACAGCUGUAAUCGCUGCCAAUGGUGCUUCUACAAAGUAGACUCAGGGGUGGGAAUACUUAUGUAAAUUAGAUUUUUGUAUUUCAUUUAAUACAUUUGCAAAAAUGUCUAAAACAUGUUUUCACUUUAUCAUUAAGGGUAUUAAUAUUUAAUACAUUUUGUAUUCAGACUAACAACAAAAUGUGGAAUAGGUCAAGGGGUAUGAAUACUUUCUGAAGGCACUGUAUGAUCUAUCACUUAAGCCGUGUUCACAUUGGCAGUGAUUCAAAUCCAAUAUAUUUUCAUAACCGAUAUACCCAAUUCAAAUCUGUUAUUUUUCCUGGAGUCUGACUUGUUCACAAACAAAUGAGUGAAUGUGCUAGAAAGCUGAACAGCUAUAGUACCUAGCUAGCUAGUUGACUGCUGUGGCUAGCUAGCUAGUUGACUGCUAUGGCUAGCUAGCUAGUUGACUGCUGUGACUAGUUCGCUUGUUGACUGCUGUGACUAGCCAAAAAGGACUAGUUUUGAAAGUUGGAUCAUCUUAUCCUUUGAGGCUUUAAAUGUGUUCUCCCCCCUAUGAUUUUGAGCAUUCAAAGCAACUCGGGAACGUCCAUGGCAUCUAUUGUCACCUUAGCUUGCUACAUAACUUCUGAUAGGAACCCUGAGCACCACCACCAGUCAGCCUACCCCACUGCACACACUCAUUGUCAUUAUGACAAAAAGUGUAGCCUUGGCAGCAAAUGAAUGCUGUCUGAAUACACACAAAUUCUAUUUGGCCACUUGUAACUUGCUGUUUGGACAGUCAGUAGUCCAAAAUGGAUUUUAAAAACUACAUUGAUUUGAGCAUUAAGGCCUGCAGGGUGAACAAGGCCUUAGUUCACCAUCACUGUCAGUGACAUUUCAGUUCUGGAAAUAACCCAAAAGGGCACAAGCUGCUAAAGGUGGAGGUAGAAGUUCCAGUUUCUCAGUCUGAGUCAAACAGCAAAGUGCCAGUCUGUGUGUAGGCUAGACACUAGAUCAUCACUCCACUACACAGGAAGUACAGUGCGGUAAUUGAGGUUUAGCACAAGUGAAACCCAGGUAUAAAGAAGGUAAGUGCUCAGUUAGUCAUCUCCCAAUUGGUCCACUACUUCAAUGACUGAACUAAGAUGACAUAAUUUUGGGGUUGUCAAAAAUCUCCAGUUUGUAGCGGAUGAUGUGCCAGUUUGGACAAAAUAAUGAAAUCAAUUGGACAACACAAACAUAUGAUCUAAUUGUGUAUGAAUGCUAUAGUAAAAUAAGGGAUUUCAUCUUUUUGGGGUUAGUUUUCCAGUUGUCAUUUGUAAAAAAUAAAAUACAAAUUAUAAUAUUUUAUUUUAGAAGGAAAAAUAUUUACGUUUUUGAAUUCAGUUUAUCCCAGUGGUUUGACCUACUGAUUCCUGUUAUUGAGAACUGUAGUUACUGAGAAAUAUCUGCAUUCACACACAUCUAUAGACAAAACAAUGUGUCAGUGAGAACACUAAUACAAAACAUUCCUUGGUAAUAUUAACACACAGUAUGCUGAAUUGGUCACAAAUGCAAGGAUGUUAUUGUUGCAUCAUUGUUCUGACAUGUAACUGUUACAUUUCUUUAUGAAGGUUUACUCAAUUCCAGGUUCCUCAUGUGGACAGUGGAAACCCCCAGGCUAGUAUCUCACAUCUCUUUUCUCACAGGCCUUUUGAUAUCAUCUAAGCACUCUAUAUUUUCCUCCAAACAUCAGUCUCUUCCAACCCACUCCUCUUCACACUACGCUCUCGCUCAGAAUGACAGAUGCACAGAAGUACCCCACGCCCACAGAGGCUCAGUAUGCCCUACUCUACCCCCCAGUCCUGUACCCACUACAGGCAUGGGUGGACUUCAAACCCCUCCCACCUGGAGAGUGUAACCAUGUGGGAGAGCCAGGUAACUAUCUAUCCUGUUCUGCAAUAGCAAGGAGUGAGGGGAAACUAUCAUGCUGGUGGAUUAUUAAUGUCUUUCCUCAUAUUACUGCCAACUACAAUAAAAUGUUAAUGCAAAAUUGAAAAUUUCUGCUAGAAUAAUGUAUGUCCGUUGAAUUCACUUGUUGGGUUACAUGACCACUGAAAAGUCUGCAAAGUCACUACAAUAUUCCAGUGUUGUCAUGGCCAAUAGUAUGAGACUGUUGUUCUGUCACUCACAAAGGAUCCUCUCCACCAGAGAGUGACAGACGCCAUCCUAUUGGUGUCAUCUUUUGACGACGAGACAAUACGGAAGCCUUAUAUCAGAAAGGUUUAUACUGAUAUGUCUGAGAGAUUUGGUCUUGGAGCCCUAAGUUUCUUGGUAACCUGCCAAGGGGCUAAUGGUAACCCUGUCAUUCUACCUGUGCAGGUGUUCAGUGUUGUGACCCUGCAGUUGCUGGUGACCUUCAGCAUUGUGUGUGUACACUUUCUCCAGUAUGGUGAGGGCAGCGGUGCAGAGCAACAUAUGGACCAUUUUUAUAUUAUUUCUCCAUUUUCUUUCUCUGCAUUGUUGGGAAGGACCCGUAAGUAAGCAUUGUACUGUUAAGUUCACACCAGUUGUUUACGAAGCAUGUGACAAAUAACAUUUGAUUUACCUCAGCUCCUCCAUCCUGUUUGCUUCAGUGGCCAUCUGCCUCAUUUGCUGCAGCUCAUUUAGCAGUAGCCAUCCCUGGAACCUGGUGGGUCACACGCACGCACAAACACAUAAACACAACUCCAUCACAACUAGCUAGACCAGCGAUUGGCAAACUGGCCAAUGCAAAGUCACUAAGUAAAUACUGAAGUGUGGGUUAGACUGAAUUGAGCUCUAGAUUUAUCUGUUCACGUAUAGAUAUAAACUAUACAAUAGUUUUUUAGAUGUGUUCACAAACAUUAUUUAAAAAGUGAAGUUACCGGUAAUGGUUAUAAGUGUAUCUUACUGUAUUCACAGUUCCUUAUUGGUUAAUGCCAAAUACAUUCUCCUAGAACUUAGUUGCACUUUGAGUGAGUGUUAUUUUACGUUUUAUGGUGUGUGUACUGCCUCUAGUCAGUGGUCGGCACUGUGGCCUCAUUCGACAACACUGCUGUAGUCGUCGCCAUGGGAGCAACAGCGGUCCUCUCCUUCAACAUUAUCAUCUUCUCAGCCCAGGUCAGACUGGCUUUUCAAAUCACUAAAAACAUGAUAUUAUGCUUAAUUCCAAAUCGAACAUACCACAUCAGUUUGUGGUCAGGCUGACCCCCCAGUGAUCUAGCUUAUUGGACAACAAAUACCAUAUUGCCCAGGGUCGCUUUGUAAUUCAGAAAUAAAAGUUACUCACUCUCCUCUCUUUGGUCUGCAGACUCAAGUGGACUUCACACUUUGUAAUGGCAGCCUGCUGGUGCUGGCAGUGGACCUUCUCAUGUUCAGCUUCUUCUGUUUCUUCUACUCCAAUGUGCUGCAGAUAGUCUAUGGAUCUCUGGGAGCCCUGCUCUUCUCACUGGUACAGAACUCACUCAAUGUUGUAUCUCCUUUUAUUAGGCCCUUUCUUUUUAUGCAGCCUUGUAGCCACAAUGAGCACUUCCAUCUAUUGCACCCUAAACCCUUUCCCUCCUGGUUAUUGACUGCCAGCUGGUAAUGGGCAGGCAGAAGUAUGCCCUGGAUCAAGAGGAGUAUGUAUUUGGUGCCCUGGUCCUGUACAUCAUAAACAUAUUCCUCUACCUGCUCAUCCUAAUGGGAGGCUCUGGCAAAUACUCAGCUCAUGGAUGAUUGACAUACUGUACCAUGACACUUAUUUCUAGCUACAGCUUUUAGCUCUCCAAACACGCACAGAAAAUCCCUGAACAUGUUCACAAUGAAAACAGUUAAUUUCUUUUUUACAUAUUUGUCGAGCUCUUACAGAAUUACUUUGUUGUGUUUUUGUUAUCAAUAAAAUCAGUUUUGUGUUUAA